AUGUCUUCGCAACCGCACAACGAAUCGCAACGGGUGCCUAGCUCCGAUGCUGGCACCGACGAGCGCACCCUGUACGACCACACCUCCGACGACGAAGGCUACGAUGGCAGACCAUCUGGCGAGCUCGACGAACGCGACCAUGAUAUCUUAGAUUCAGAAGACGAGCGCGAGAGGCUUCUUACGCAGAAAGAUGGUGGCAAGGGCUUGUUGGGGCGCAGAGCCUCGAGCGUCAGGGUCGGGAAGUGGGAUAAGAAGAAGGAGAUGAAGGAGCGCAGGAAAGGCGGCAAUGAAGAGUCGAGCGCGCUCAUGUACGAAAUGGAAGAAGGUAUUGGCGCUUCGAGUACGAGUUUCCGAUCGGGAAGAAGUUCGUUGAGCGAUGAACAGCGGUUACUUGCGAGCGAGUCGCAGAGGAAGGUACGCAGGAAGAGUCUAUACCGCCGAAUAGCCAUAUACGUAUCCAUCAUCGUCCUCUUCGUCGUUCUCCUCGCAGCCACGUACAACCUCUCUACCCCGAAAGAUGUCAAAGAAGCCGCAGCCAUGCUCUCCAAUGGCACCUCACUCUUUGCGCCGACCACAAUCCUCAUAUCGCUCGAUGGCUUCCGCGCCGACUUCCUAUACCGAAACCUCACACCUACGCUCAACCAGUUCGUAGCAGAGGGGAUAUCGCCAAAGUACAUGAUGCCUAGUUUCCCCAGUGUCACAUUCCCAAACCACUACACAAUGGCCACGGGCAUGUAUCCCGAGGCGCACGGUGUAGUAGGAAAUACAUUCUGGGACCCAGAACUCGAGCAGGAGUUCUACUACACGGAUCCAAAGCGCAGUCUACAGCCGCAUUGGUGGGGCGGCGAGCCUCUCUGGGUGACAGCUGAGAAGCAAGGAGUUAGGACAGCAGUCCACAUGUGGCCAGGCUCAGAAGCACAUAUCCUGAACCAAGAGAUUGCCUACAUCGACAAGUACAACGGUUCAGAAGUCUUGCCUACAAAGGUCGACCGUAUAAUGGAGCUCCUCGAUCUUCCCGGCCCCAAAGACAUCGGCGCGAGCGCAAAUACACCGCGACCUCAGCUCAUUGCAGCAUACGUCCCGGACGUAGACGGCGACGGCCACCGCUUCGGACCCAACAGCACUGAGAUCCGCAAGACGAUCGCCAACGCCGACACAAUGAUGGCAGGCAUCCUAGCCGGUCUACACGCACGCAACCUAACAAACAUCGUCAAUGUGAUCGUUGUCUCAGACCACGGCAUGGCCACAACAGACAAAACCCGCCUGGUUCAGCUCGAGGACCUCAUCGACCCCGCCGAACUCUCUCACACAGACGGUUGGCCGCUCUAUGGCCUUCGUCCUAAAGACCCAGCCUCGCUCCAUCGUCUUUACAACCAGCUCUUAGAACGUACAAAGGAUAACCCCAAUCUCGAUGUCUACUUGCGAGAUGAGAAUAUGCCGGAGCGCUAUCAUUUCAGCAAAAACGACAGGAUCGCUCCGCUGUGGAUCGUACCGAAAACAGGCUGGGCGAUUGUAACGAAAGAUGAAUUUAACGUCGAAGUGGGGAAGAAGACGGGUGAAGAGUAUCACCCGAAGGGACUCCAUGGAUACGAUCAUGAACAUCCGCUUAUGAGAGCUGUUUUCAUCGCGAGAGGUCCUGCGUUCCCGCAUGAAGCUGGAAGUAGGAUGGAACCUUUCCAAAACAUCGAACUCUACAACAUAGUCUGCGACUCCAUCGGUCUCAACCCCGCGCCCAACAACGGUACUUUGCGCCUACCGUUGAAACCCGUCGGUUUGCACUCCGACGAAGAAUCUGUUGCUGGCAACGAAAAAGAAGUACCCGAAGAUCCUGUGUCUUCUUAUACCCUCUCUUCCUCCACCAUACUCCCCUCUGCACAACCAUCAAACCUCGCAUCCAUGCCCGCAACAGACCUAAACUCUCUCUCCAGUAUCGCGGCGUUAGCGUCUGGAUUGGAAGACACGAGUCCGAGUUUGGAGGAUGUGCCUAGUCGACCUACGCCGCCGAGUGGUGGGAAGGAUGAGUUGAAAGAUGGUGAGAAGAGUGAAGGUGGAGAAGAUGGGGGUAAGGGAGAGGGAAACAAGAAGGAAAGCUGGUGGGAGUGGUUGACGCAUAAGGCGGAUGGUGUGAAGGACUGGGUGGAUGAGUUCAUUCAUGAUCAUGUUCCGCAGGAUAAAGGGGAGGAGGAGAAGAAAGAUAGGUAG